AUGGCUAGCACAGCUCCACUGGCGAGACCCCCGGCCCCAGCGCUGGCCCUCGCCCUUGCCUUGCUCAGCUUCGCGCCGGCACCAAAUCUAGGAGGAUGCCCGUCAGCCUGCCGGUGCUACUUUGCCAUGCUGCAGUGCCUGGAGCCCGACGGUAUCGCCAGCAUCCCGGUACUCGGGCCACAAGAGAGUGAGAAUGUGACUGAGAUUUACAUCGAGAACCAAGCCAGUCUGGAGAAUAUCACGGAAAUCGAUCUUGUCAACUACAGAGAGCUGAAGAACCUCACUGUCACCUCCUGCAAGCUGAGGUAUAUCGCUGCCAAUGCCUUCCAGUACAACCAGAAGCUCCAAUAUGUAAACCUUGCGUCCAACUCCCUGGAGCACAUCAGCUGGAAGGUCUUCCAUUUUCUACCUCUGCUCAACCUGGCUUUGAGGGAUAAUCCUCUGGUUUGUUCGUGUGAUAUCCACUGGCUGCAGGAGUGGCAGCGCAGCGAGCGUGGUGACCUGGAGAACCAACCGCUCCUCUGCAACUCCCAUGACCAAGAAACCCUCCUCAGCUCCUUAGUCAUCGAUAACUGCAGUCUACCAGAGGUGACUAUUCUCCCAUCCAACAGUAAAAUCCAGGAGGGAGGAAACCUAACGUUCGAGUGUCACGUGACCGGCACGCCCACUCCGACAGUCAUGUGGCGCACUACAGACCUCCACUCUGUUUACUUUGUCCAGCAAAGAAUCUCAGACUCCACCUUAGAGCUGGUCCUUCAUCUCACAAAGGUCUCCUCCAGAGACAACCUCCACAACCUGACGUGCGAGGCCGAGAACCAAGCUGGGCCAGGGACAGACAAGGUGCAGUUGGACAUUGAGUUUCCGGUCAAAAUCAUCUUCCUGAGAGACGCAGAGCCACAACACCACUGGUGCUUCCCCUUCGCUGUGGACGGCAAUCCUGAGCCGAUUAUUAGUUGGCUCUACAACGGCUCCGAGCUGAGUGAGGGUUUGUACACCUACACCCAGCUCAUCCCUGACUCAGAAGAUGGGUCCGUGAAACAUGGCUGCCUGUACCUCGACAAGCCCACCCACAUCAACAAUGGCCACUACACUCUCAUUGUGGAGAACAGACUGGGCCGGGACGAGGCCACCGCUAUCGGAAAUUUCAUGGACAACCCGUUUGGCCCAUUUGACCCAGAGGGGAUUAUUCCAGUCCCUAAUCUGGAUCCAAUUCCCACAAACAAAUCAGACGAGGACGUCACAGAGAACGUGGAAAGUCGGGUGUUUGGGGUAUCUGUGGUGGUAGGCCUGGCUGUGUUUGCGUGUAGCUUCCUCCUCAUCAUGGGUCUGAUCAUUAACAAAUGUGGCCAGCACUCCAAGUUUGGCAUUCAUCGUUCAUCGGUGUUGGGUGCUGAGGAUGAUCUGGCUGUGUCACUCCGUUUCAUGAACUUUGGAGCCAGCCCUCCUUCCUCAGAUGAGGACUCUGGCCUGUCCAGCUUUGUGGAAAACCCACAGUACUUCUGUGGCAUUAUUAAAGACAAAGACAUGUGUGAGUGUGUCCAGCAUAUCAAGCGGCAGGACAUUGUGCUGAAAUGGGAGCUGGGUGAGGGGGCGUUUGGAAAGGUCUACCUGGCAGAAUGUGCCAACCUUAGUCCAGACAGCGACAAGAUGCUGGUCGCCAUAAAGACACUGAAAGACGCCAAUGAGUCCACACGGCAGGACUUUCAAAGGGAGGCAGAGCUUCUGACGGUGCUCCAGCACCAACACAUUGUGCGUUUCUAUGGAGUCUGUACGGAUGGAGAGCCACUGGCUAUGGUGUUUGAGUAUAUGAGACACGGAGACCUCAACCGUUUCCUCAGGGCCCAUGGUCCUGAUGCCCGUAUCCUGGAGGAGGUAAAAAUGCCUCCGAUGGGGCAGCUCACUCUGCCCCAGAUGCUGCACAUCGCUGCCCAGAUUGCCUCGGGCAUGGUCUACCUGGCUUCGCUGCACUUUGUCCACAGAGACCUGGCCACCCGGAACUGUCUGGUGGGAGAGGAACUGGUGGUCAAGAUUGGUGACUUUGGCAUGUCUCGGGACAUCUACAGCACCGACUACUACCGGGUGGGUGGACGUACAAUGCUGCCCAUUCGCUGGAUGCCACCGGAGAGCAUCAUGUACAGGAAGUUCACCACAGAGAGUGACAUCUGGAGCUUUGGUGUGGUUCUCUGGGAGAUCUUCACCUAUGGUAAACAGCCCUGGUACCAGCUUUCCAACAGCGAGGCCAUCGAGUGCAUCACACAAGGACGGGAGCUGGAGAGACCACGCACAUGCCCGAAGGAGGUGCACGUCCUGAUGCAGGGCUGCUGGCAGAGAGAGCCCCAACAGCGGCUGGUCAUUAAGGACAUCCAUAGCCGGCUGCUGGCCUUGGUCAAGAACCCGCCAGUUUACUUGGACAUCUUGGGCUGA